AUGUCGCCUAUGGCUGGUGGAACGACAGGGAUGGAAAUGCGCAAUAUUUCUGGGCCGGAAAUAACGACGCUGGAAUUCACACUUGUCAGUGCGGAAUCAGCGGAAAUUGCAUCGACGCCUACGCCAAAUGCAACUGCGAUGCGAUCGCUUCAGCGCAGUGUCAUUACCAAUAAGGAACUUCUUCCCAUCACUCGUUUGAACUUUGGUCGGACUCAACUGGAAACUUCAUUCGGUGUCCAUACGCUUGGCAACUUGGAAUGCUCAGGGAGUGUGGCUGCCGUUAUGGGAAUUCCGACGUCAUGUAAAGAUUUGUGGCUUCUUGGCUACUACCUGAGCGGGUUGUAUUCCAUCAAGGGGGCUGCAAUGAUAGAAACCGUUUAUUGCGAUUUUAAUAAACUCGUUGAGGAAGAAGGUUUUCAAAAAUGGAUAGGAUAUUCUAACAUUAAAUCAUUCCCAGCACAUUUCUAUGUCCAAAAGGAGGCUUCCUUCUGUACACCUAAUACUCCCAUUCCGUUCGAGGUAGAAAGACUCAACGUCGGAAAUGCCAUGAAUUUAGCGACUGGAAAAUUCACGGCUCCUGUCAAGGGAACUUAUUACUUCGCAUUUACUGCACUGGCACAUUUUCCGCAAUCUUCUGCAACCCGAUUGUAUUUAGACAUCUUGCUAUAUUUAAAUGGCAAUCGAAUUGGAAGGGCGCAGGUUGAUGAAUCCAACACCGUUAAUGGUCAAUAUUCCCCGUUGGUUCUCCACUCGUCGCUGCAAUUGAACAUUGGAGACCAAGUCUGGAUGCAAAUAUCUGAGGCUGAUGACAUAUCAAGUGAAGUGUGUCUGAUGGACGACGCUUCCAAAUCCACUCAUUUCACUGGAUGGUUACUGGAAGAGGAAAUUGUUGCGUCACUUUAA